AUGGAUUCCAACGUGACAUUUGUGUUGAGGUUUCGAGGGAUUGUUGCAAUAAAACGAUGGUCUGAUAGCAUGAAUUUUGAUUCAUUGAUAAAAUAUGUUUGGUCGAAGUUUGAUGCGAUCAAUGGACGUAACUUCACUUUGACUUAUAAGUUUGACGUGUACGACGACUGCAUCCUUGCGAGCGAUGAUGAUUUGACAUCGAUGUUGUUCAUCAUGCGCGAGAUUGGGGCUGGUCGUGUUGAGAUAAGUGUAAAGGAACAGCAACCUAUGGACGCAAAUCUUGGUGACUGUAUCCAACAACAACCGGUGCAAACCAUUGUAACAUUGGUCGAAUAUGAUAGGGCCGCAGUCGUUAGUGAACAACAAAACAUUGUAAACAUAUCAACAGGUAACGGCAAGAGAUUGCUGAGUGCGGAAUGGGCUAAUUUAAUAAAAAAUGAAGGUCAGGAAUUUGCAGGGGGGGCUGAUGAGUUCAGGAAGUCGCUUGUGAAGUUUUCGGUCGAGAUUGGGUUCGAAUAUGAGUACGUGAAAAAUGACACGUGCAGGGUUAAGGCUGAAUGUCGAUUCAAAGAUGAAAAACAAUGUCCGUGGAGGAUACAUGCAUCCGUAGACAAAUCUAACAAUCACUUCUACAUUCGUAAGUACAACAAUAACCACAGAUGUGGAUUAUUUUUUGGUACUGCUAGCAAGAAGCGGGUCACUUCUGAUGUAAUCAUGGAACUCAUUGACGGUUAUAUUCGAACGAUGCCGUCAAUUACUCCUCGGCAAAUUCAAGCACAGAUAAAAGAAAAUUACGGGCUAGACAUAACAUACUACGUGUCGUGGAGAUCAACAGAUGGUGGGAGGGACAAGAUUUUUGGCGAUCAUGGCGUUUCGUAUUUGUACCUCCCCGCGUAUUUUCGAGAAGCAGGGCGUGCAAAUCCAGGAAGUGUUUUCCACCUUCAAGUCGAUGAGGUCAAAAACACCUUUCGUCGAUGUUUUUUUUCAUUUGCUGCUUGUUUGGAGGGCUUCAAACUCUGUCGUCCAGUUGUUAUGAUUGAUGGUACGUUUUUGAAUGGCAAGCAUGAAGGAAUUCUAUUAAGUGCAGUUGGAAAGGAUGGUAUAUUUCCAAUUGCAUUCGCAGUUGUUAGCGAAGAGACGGACGACAACUGGGAUUGGUUUCUAAAACAUUUUAAGGAUGCAAUAGGGACGGACAGAACACUAACCUUCGUUUCUGACAGAAACCACGGGAUUCUUCAAGGUGUCAAGAACGUGUUCCCGGAUUGUGUUCAUGGUUAUUGUUACAAACAUUUAACUGGUAAUCUCAAGGAUAAAUUUAGGGGUGCUACUAAGAGUCAUCGCAAGGCAGUCCUCAAACAGUUUGAAUACUGCGCAUAUGCUGCCACCAAACAAGAAUUCGAUAGAAAUGUGGAGAAGUUGCGAGCAACGGGCGGCCCCAAAGUUUGCAAAUUUCUUGCAGAUACACCUAAGGAUAAGUGGUCCAACGCAUAUUUUGUGGGACAACGGUAUGGCCAGAUGACGUCAAACGGUUGUGAAACGUGGAAUUCACAAAUUAAAAUGAGGAGAUUACUUCCGAUAACGAAUUUGAUUGAUGGUAUUCGUAUAUUGGUUAUGGCUCAGAUGUCACGUAGAUUAGGUGAGGCGUAUGGAUGGCCAACCGUGUUGUGCGACACAUUUGAUAUAAAGAUGAGGGAGUUGGUCGAUAAAGGCAGAUCAUGGCAGGUGAAAAAGUCAUCCGAUUAUGUGUGGGAGCUGUUCUCAGCCCCGAAUGCUGUUGUUGAUGUCCAAGCGGGGACGUGCUCUUGCAGAUUGUGGCAAAUAAACGGUAUACCGUGUGAGCAUGCUGCCACAAUUAUAUUUCACCAUAUGGGUGGCGCAUACCAACACAUCGAUCAUUGUUUUCAUAAAUCGACAUUCAUCCAAAGCUAUUCCCCGGCCAUAUACCCGUUUGUGCAGCCGACGGCAGAUGAUAUAACUGCCGUGAUAAAUCCACCUGAACAUCAGACUCGCCGCGGUAGGCCGAAGAGAAAGAGGAUCCCAAGUAGAGGUGAAUUGAUCCCCCGUACGAUUAGGUGCAGCAAGUGUAGGAUGAUGGGCAAACAUAACAAGAACUCUUGCAAAAUGGGGGAAUAUUGA